CGCUUCCUCUGCCCUUUGCCUCGGUCCUAUAUACAUCAUCACCUUCAUCGGCAGCUGCUUAGCAGAAGACUCACGGCUCUGCUUCUUGAAGACAGGACAAUUUAGUGUUUGGGACGAUGGAAAUGGUGGGACAAGGAGGUGAGGAGCUGGAGUUCUGCUUUGAGAGGCUUGUGAUGGGUGGGGACGGAAGAGGGGGGAUGGACGGAGGCGGUGUCGGGGUCAUUACUGAGUGGAAGGAUGUCCCUAUGGAGCUUCUGCUGCGGAUUGUUGCGCUCGUCGAUGAUCGGACAGUGAUUAUGGCUUCUGGGGUGUGCAGUGGAUGGAGAGAUGCUAUUUGCUUGGGCCUUACCCAUCUCUCCCUUUCUUGGUGCAAAAACAACAUGAACAACUUGGUUCUAUCGCUUGCUCCCAAAUUCACAAAAUUGCAGGCUCUAACACUGCGUCAAGAUAAACCACAGCUGGAGGAUAAAGCUGUGGAGAUUAUUGCAAAUUAUUGCCAUGAUCUGCAGGAUUUGGAUCUCAGUAAAAGCUUCAAGCUUAGUGAUUCCUCCCUUUAUGCCUUGGCUCAUGGUUGUCCUAAUCUUACUAAACUUAACAUCAGUGGAUGUACGGCAUUCAGUGAUGCUGCUCUUGCACAUCUGACCAGUUUCUGCAGAAAAUUAAAAAUUUUAAAUCUUUGUGGAUGUGGGAAAGCUGCAUCUAAUAGGGCAUUGCAGGCUAUUGGACGGAACUGCAGUCAGCUGCAAUCUUUGAAUCUGGGGUGGUGUGAGGAUGUGAGUGAUGCUGGAGUGAUGAGUUUAGCAUAUGGAUGCCCUGAUCUCAGGGCGCUUGACUUGUGUGGUUGUGUUCGUAUUACAGAUGAGAGCGUAAUUGCUUUGGCAAACAGGUGCCUUCAUCUGAGAUCCCUUGGCCUGUACUUCUGUCAGAACAUUACAGACAAAGCAAUGUAUUCCCUGGCCCAGAGCCGUGUAAAGAACAAGCAUGAAAUGUGGGAAUCCAUGAAGAGCAGGUACAGCGAGGAAGGGCUUAUGAAUCUCAAUAUCAGCCAGUGCACAGCCCUCACACCUCCUGCUGUUCAAGCUGUAUGUGAUUCAUUUCCUGCACUUCACACUUGUCCAGGAAGGCAUUCGCUCAUCAUAAGUGGCUGUUUGAGCUUAACAUCGGUGCAUUGUGCCUGUGGUGUCCAAGCACACCGCACAGCCAGCCAGCUUUCACACCCAGCUCAUUAAACAGAGAACUAAGGUAAAACUAUCUGUUAUCAGUUUAUAGGACCCAAAGAAAGAAAAGGACAAAAAAAAAAAAAAAAAUCCCUGUAAAAAUGGUUGUGUUGCAAACUGCUGUAUCUCUGUUUGGCUGAAUGUAUAUAGCCUUGCUGUGUUUGUUAUAAACCUAUGACUCUGAAAAUACUAUGUAACUGUGUUUUCAAUCUCUUGUUCAAAUGAUGACACAGUUCUUGGACUUCAAAA